AUGGGACAAAAAAAUUCAGAAGAAUUGUCAGAGAAAGUCACUUUUGUAAGCGAUUUUUGUCAUGUGUAAUAUAAUUUUUUCCCGAAUUUUGAUGUAACUUUGAGAUUUUUAGAAUGAUGGGUAUCGAAAUAUGUCGGAAAUGACAGUACGAAUGGCCGAGGAGUGUUUGGAUGAAGAAUUUUCCAAUUUUGUAAGAUUUUUUAUAAUUUUUUGUCGUUUUUAGGUAAAAAUUCUAUUUUUUCUAGAAAGAUGAAGAUGAAAAAGCUGGAGAGAAGGCAUGUUAUUCCAAUUCGGACCUCAAGCCAACUGGAACUUGGGGGAACGACGAUUUUCAACCAGGAGAAUCCCCAAAUUUCGCUGGAUUGGCCGAUUUAUGGAGAUUAAAGCCGGCGAAAGCAGUUGCCGGAGUGCCAGAAGUUGAAGAUGAGUCGGAAAAAUCCCGAAAAGAACGUGAAAUCACCGAAAAUGACGAAAAUUUUGACGAGCCCAUCAAGUGUAAUAAAACCAAUGUGUACACCUGGAAUGACGAGUUUCUGACCGCCGCUUUGGCAGAGGAAUUUGCCAAAGAGGAUGAGGAGAGGAAACAAAACGAUUCCGGCGAUAUUUCCUCCGAAGCUCUCAUGAAAUUGCUGAAUAUUCCACAUCAGGACCUAAAACAAGGUGAAGAAUUGGAAAAAAUUGAUGAAAACGACGAGAUAAUUGAUGAAGAAGCUGAGCAGGAUGAUCUUUCGGAUAGAUUGAGUGGAAUUUCGUCUCAGGGCAGCAAGGAAAAUGAAGAAAAAUUGAAAUCAUUGGACGCCUGGGAAAUCGCUUUGAACAAAGAAAAUCUGGCCGAAGAUUUGAGUGAGGCCACUUUGGAAGACGCCAAUGAGAGUGGUAGCUCCAGUUCCGACGAAGAAUUCCACAAUUGGCCGUCGUUGAUACCACAAAAAAUGAAGAUUAAUGUUCUAGAAGGGAUCGAUCCAAAGGAAUGGGAGAGGAAUUUGGUAAGCGUGUCUGAUUGAAUUGGGGGUUUCAGAGGGUAUUUUGAGCGGUGAAAAGUCAUUUUGGAUCAGGCUACAGUAAAUUUAGAGUGUUUGGAGGAAAAUUUUACCUUACUUUAGGUGUCUAGACGUAAAUUUUGGCUUAUUUUGGUAACUAGAGUGAAUUUAAAAGGGAUAAAAUAGUUUUUUAUGGAAUUUCAGGGUAUAAUAAACGAUUUUUGAUAUAGAUUUGGUAUUAUGGAGGAAAAUUUUUACCUUACUUUAGGUGUCUUGAUGUAAAUUUUGGCCUAUUUUGGUGACUAGAGUGAAUUUACAAGGGCUAAAAUAGUUUUUUAUGGAAUUUCAGGGGAUAAUAAACGAUUUUUGAUACAGAUUUGGUAUUAUGGAGGAAAAUUUUUACCUUACUUUAGGUGUCCAGACGUAAAUUUGGGUUUAUUUUGGUGUCUAAAGUGAAUUUAAAAGGGAAAUAAUAGUUUUUUAUGGGAUUUCAGGGGAUAAUCAAAGAUUUUUGAUAUGGAUUUGGUAUUAUGGAGGAAAAUUUUACCUUACUUUAGGUGUCCAGACGUAAAUUUUGGCUUAUUUUGGUAACCAGAGUGAAUUUAAAAGGGAAAUAAUCUGUUUUUAUGGGAUUUCAGGGGUAAUAAACGAUUUUUGAUAUGAACGUUAUGUUAUGGAGGAAAAUUUUACACAACAAUUAAUCCCAAUUGAAAAGCGCUUUUUUAGCUAAUCUUCUCAAUUAUUGAUUGAAAUUUUUGAACACUUCGUUACAAAAACACGGUCCAACAAAUAUUAUCGCCUCUCACUUUUGAGGACAUCGGGUGAUUGGGUGAAUAGUAAAUAAGAAGGAGGGAAUAGAACUCUAUCUGCACCACCUAAAAUAAUUUUUGCAGUUUUUACCGUUUGCAAGAUAUAGCCACCUUAAGUAUUCAACAAUUGCAAUCUUUCCUGUGGUCUAACCGACUUAUAAUAACGAAAAAUCGCAUGAAACUUGGAAGUCAACAUUGACACAUUCUUAUCAAACAGUAUGCAAAAAAUCGCGGCCAUUUACUACUCGGCUGAGGAGUUAUACAUCAAUCUUUCCCCAUAACAAAAAUCAGUUCCCGGCUUUUUGGCAUUCUGCAAAUGGGAAAAAUAAAUAUAAAAAAGUCAUGAAGAUUUAUAUAUUUUAUCAAUUAUAGUGUCUUUAUGUAAUAAUUUAGACUUUGAUGGUUCAUACCCAUGUCAUUUGGCAACUUGCCGACGUCUAAAGGAACUUUUGGCUAGGAAACGGGACUUGGAAGGCGAGAAAAUCGUUUUUAUAAAAAAAAAUAUUCUUUGGAAAUUCUUUUAUUUUGCAGAAUGCCAAACCCCUUUUCAUUUUCGUGGUGAGACAAAAGACUGCAAGCGAGAUUAAUUGUUGUGUUACCUUAUUUUAGGUAUAAUUAUGACAGUUUUGGUACAUAAACCGGGUUGUAAGAGCAAAUCUUAGGUUCUUAUGUUUUCAUAGCAUUUUUUGGGCUUGGUAAGUAAUUUCAGACAAGCCUUGGCUGAAUUUUAAGGGGUUUUUUAAAAAAAAAUUAAUCUUAUUUUAGGUAAUAAUUCAAAAAAAAUCGCAAAUUUUUUCCUAAUUCUUCCGAAUUUUCAGCUCGAAUCCGGCUGCAAGGUUUAUUUCAUCGUGAAAAUCCAAGAGCCAGACGACAAACUAACCGAAUUCUCGUUUUCUUGCCUUUGGGAACCCGAAACUCCGAUAAUAAUCCUCUUCGAACUCGCCCUCAGGCAUCAAAACAUUGAUGGAAAUGACCUAAAAGCCAAUGAAAUUUGUCUCAAACACUUUUCCAUCGACAUGCCCGUCGAAUGUUGGAUCUGGAUGGACGCCAGACCCGAAUCAACGUACGAAAUGCGUUUGAAACGCCGAACUUGA